AUGGACAACGAUGAGCACAUGGAGGAUGUUGAGUCCGCCGGCGAGCCACCACUGGGCCUAUCUGACGAUGAGAGGCAAGUCCUCGAGCUAUACGACAGGCUACAGCAGAUGGACCUGGAAAUUGCCAUCAUAAACGCGCAGAAGGCGCACGUAUCAACCUCGACAGACGACUCCCCUGAUGCGCUGGCCGCUGCGCAGGAGGCCCUUUUACAAGCCCGGUCGCGCUACAAGCUCCGAAAUGACGCCGUUGAGCUCGUCAUGAUGGUCCACCCCGUCCUCAAGGCCGUCCACGGCAGCACCAACGCGUCUCCCAUCGACCGUGACCUGCUCCCGUACAUCGUCAAGCGCGACGACGCUGCCGUCGAGGUCGCCCGGGCCGCCGCCCAGGCGCAGGCGACGCGCGACGCCCUCACUGACGUGCAGGUGGAGACGCUGCGCGCGUGCCGGCGCAACGUGACACUGACGAGCCGGCUGUUCGAGCUCGCCGGGCAGCUCGAGGAGCGCAGGGCCGUCGACUGGCACGGCGGCGAGGAGGCCCUCCGGGUGCGCGAGGAGAAGCGCAAGUGGCGCGCGGUCAAGGGCGCGGCGAGCGGCAUCGUGGCCGGCAGCGGCGUCGACUGGGCGUCGGACGAGGCACUGCGGGAGAUGGUGCUCGAUCCAGAAGAUGAUGAUUAG